AUGGGGCUAUCGUACCUCUUCACUAUAUCGACUUUUUGUGGAAUCUGGCGACCGCUUUCGUGGUCGUCGAGAUUCAAAAAAGUGUUAUACAACAUGUAUUCCGUAUUUGUGGUGUGUAUGAACGUCACAUUCACCAUUUCUCAAAUCAUUAGCGUGCUGACCGUGGAUAACUUGGACGAUUUUGCCGAGAACACUUACAUGCUAGUGCCCGCGAUUGUCUGCUGUUGCAAACUAAUUAACCUGUUGGUAUAUCGUGGAGGUAUUAUAGAACUCGUGAAAAUUUUCCUAGAGGAACCGUGCGCCACGUUGAACGACAAAGAAGAGCUGAUUCAGAUGAGAUACGAUAAACAAAUACGGACCAAUAUCAUCAAAUAUACCAGGAUGGUGAAGUCGUCAACUGUUAUGAUACUUUUCACUUCGUUCCUGAACGACUUUCGGAACGGCAGACUGACGUACAGAGCCUGGAUACCUUACAAUUAUUCGUCCACGACCGCUUUUGGAUUGACCUAUAUCCAUCAGAUGAUGGCUUUAGCCAUCGCUGGAUACGUGCAUUUGGCCUGUGACGUUCUGCUGUGCGGUCUGCUGUCGCAGAUCUGCUGCCAAUUCGACAUUCUACAGUGUCGCUUGAACGAGGUGAAAAAGAACGAAACGAUCGCCCUUCGGGAAUGCGUUCGUCACCACAACAGGAUUUACAAACUAGCCGCAAUGGUGAACGACACGCUGAACUUGACGAUCUUUGCGCAAUUUUUCGGAAGCUUUCUGGCGCUCUGCCUCAGCCUGAUCAAGCUAAUAAAGGAGAACACAUUGAGCACGCAAGUCAUAUCGUUGCUAUUUUUUGUGGUGAUGAUAAUGACUCAAAGCUUUCUUUACUGUUGGUACGGAAACGAAGUGACACUGAAGAGUAUCGCGGUAGCAGACAUGAUUUUUCAGAUGAAUUGGAUAGAAACGAAUGAACAGGCUAAAAAAAUCCUCAUUAUUACGAUGAGUCGCUCGAGAUCGCCGAUACAGCUGGAAACCGCGCACGUGAUGACGUGCGACCUGGACUUCUUCGUGGCCGUUAGUAACAAUUUUGUAGAUAUUAAAUGUACACAUAUGUGUACAUUUGGGAUUCAUGUAUCGUAUGGCACCUAA